GGAGGAGAAAAGGAGCACGGACAGAGCAGGUCUGUCUCAGAGGGGAGACUCACGUCCCCCCGGCCCGGAGAUGCAGCAGGACAAGUGAAGUCAGGGCGGUCACUGGGAAAACGCUUUUCUCUCUGCUAUGGACUCAACCUGCAGCAGCUGACCUUUUACCGAGCGGAGAGGAUCGUGAGGACCGGACACUGGAGCAGCUCACUCAGUGCCCCUGAGGGCUGAUUCACGUAGGUCACACCAGCAGACGAACCAUCGAGGGGCACAGAAGGAUGGAAGAAGCGGCAGAGGACAGAGACAGGAUGGCCAGUCACCAGGCCCUGUGUGUGCCUGACCAGAUGACCAGCAGACGCCCGGGCAUCUCCACUCUCAAAUUGUUUAUCAUGGCGCUGUCCUUCGCCUACUUCUCCAAGGCCCUGACGGGGACCUACAUGAAGAGCUCCAUCACUCAGAUCGAGAGACGUUUUGACCUCUCCAGCACCCACAUCGGACUCAUCGACGGCAGUUUUGAGAUGGGCAACUUGUUGUUCCUCGCCGUGGUCAGCCAUUUCGGCGCCAAGCUGCAUCGGCCCAGACUCAUCGCUAUGGGCUGUGUCCUCAUGGCGGCGGGGGCCCUGCUCACCGGCCUGACACACUUCUUCAUGGGCCGGUACAAGUACGACACAGUUAUUCAGGUUUUUCAGAAUGACAGCGUGAACAUCGCUGCCUGUGUGGAUCCCAUGACAACACGAGAGGCGUCCGAAAUUCUGAUGGAGCCGUCAUUAGAAGACAAGAAAGCCUGCGUGAGAGAGUCUGGUUCCAACAUGUGGAUCUAUGUGUUCCUGGGGAACGCUCUGCGGGGGAUUGGAGAAACCCCAGUCACACCUCUGGGCAUCGCCUACAUCGAUGACUUUGCUAAAGCUGAAAACUCGCCAUUCUAUAUAGCAUGCCUCCAGACCAUAACUCUCCUGGGCCCCAUGUUUGGUUUCCUCCUGGGCUCCUACUGUGCCAAACUGUAUGUAGACAUUGGAUAUGUUGAUAUGGAGAGUGUGACCAUCACUCCGCAAGACGCCCGCUGGGUCGGCGCCUGGUGGAUGGGAUUCCUGGUGUCCUCCGCCCUCCUGCUCAUCUCCAGCGUUCCCUUCUGGUUCCUGCCGCGCACUCUGCCCAUGCAGGAGGGGGACGAGAGCAAGCCGACGGCGGCGCACAAGACCCUGGAGGGGACAGGGGCUGCCCUCAACAACCACCACGACCUCAAGUUCACUGAAAUCGCAAAAGGGUUUCUUCCGUCGCUGAAGCGGCUGCUGGGAACUCCCGCUUACUUCUUGCUCCUUUGUGGCAGCAUCCUGAAGUUCAACUCCUUCAUCGGCCUGUUCACCUUCAAAGCCAAAUACAUGGAACAACAGUUUGGACAGUCUGCAUCCAGAGCUAAUUUCCUUAUUGGCGUGUUGAACCUCCCGGUGGUGUCGGUGGGGAUCUUCCUGGGCGGGCUGCUGAUGAAGCGGUACAAGCUGAGCGUGGUGUCGGGAGCCCAGCUCUCCUUUGCCACGUCCUUCCUGGCGUACCUCCUCCUCCUGCUGCAGUUCGGCACCAAGUGCGACAACAUUCCCGUGGCUGGCCUCACCGUUUCGUACAACGGGACGCAGAGCAUAUCGUACGACAGAGAGAUGCUCUUCUCGGAGUGUAACAGCGACUGCUCGUGUUCGGCAGAGGAGUGGGAUCCCGUGUGCUCAGACAGCGGCAUCACGUACAUUUCUCCGUGUUUGGCUGGCUGCCUCGACUCCAGCGGAUACGGCAAGAACACGGUAUUUCACAACUGCAGCUGCGUGUCCGCCUCCUUCCCGGCAGGCAGCAGCACAUCGGUGAAGCUGGGCCGGUGUCCCCACGCCAAGGACUGCAGCCGAAGUUUCACCUCCUACAUGGCCGUGUCCGUCCUCAGCUCCUUCAUCAACUCCCUGGGGGCCACGCCUGGCUACAUGGUCAUCAUACGAUGCAUCACACCAGAGCUCAAAUCACUUGCAUUGGGUAUCCAGGCCUUGGCAACCAGGACUCUUGGUGGGAUUCCUGCACCAGUGUACUUUGGGGCCCUGAUUGAUUCGACUUGCCUGAAGUGGUCGAUCAAGAAGUGUGGGGGCAGGGGCGCCUGUCGCAUUUAUGACUCCGAUUUGUACAGGAUCAUCUUCCUGGGUCUGAUCACUUGUCUCAGUGGUUCCUCGUACUUAUUCAUCGUUGCCGUCAUCGUCCUCCUCAGGAGACAGUUUCGAAAGCCCGAGCGGGAAAUGGAGAAACAACAACCCGCAGCCUCGAAUGAAAUCGAACUCGAGGCCCCGUCGAACCUCGCCGAGGGCCAGCCCGGCGCCCCUCAAACUCCCAAGCCGCCUCACGGCGCACGACUUUGGGUGAGAACAGCCACAGAGCCGGAGGAGGGAGGGGAGGUUCAUGAGACGGAGCGGAUCGCCGAAGACAGUGGACUCAGCUGCACAAAUAACACCCACUGCCUGACGGAGACCACUGUUGAGCUCUCUCCUCCUCCAACUGACAGAGCAAAGUCAGAGCUACAGGGGCUGAAGCCAGAGGAGGAGGACAAAGAGCGUAAGGACGAGGCCUCGACGGAGACAAAUGCACAGGUGGAGGAAGAGAGCACAGGACACAAGGACGCGCCGCAGAAGGUAACACCACACUGCGAAGGAACUGACGGCCCACGAAACUAGGCCAAAGGGGACCAGUGGAAGUGUUUGGCCAAAUGUCACAUUUACAUGGAUUGUCAAGAGGGACAUCUUUGUCCUCUGCUCUAUUCUAACAAUACCCCCCCCCCUCUUUAAUUUAUUACAGGAUAGAGCUGUUACACGUGAGGAGAUAUUUACACAGCUGUAGAAACAUAGAACUUUGUAUAAAAGUGAAAGGGCACUGAACAAUUCGAAACGCUGACUCAUGCGUGCACGUGAUUACACAGCAUCUCUGCGGGGCCCGGACUGAAACAGAGCUCACGUCUCCAUAAUGCUAUGAACAUGAAAAAAUUUGAAAAUUAUGAUUAUGUUCCUGUUACGUUUCUUAACAGGGACGUAAUCAUGAGUAAUCAUUGAGGACGUAUUUUCAAAUAUAUGUACGUUAUUACCUAAUUUAAACCUGCAGUAAUAUUUUUUGGGCCACUUGGGGGCAGCACAAAUUGUUUUAUAUUUUGGAAUUUUAAAAUAAUGACCUGAGAGAGAUGAGGGGCAAUCAUGCGAGCCAAGUGUGGCUUAUUUACACCUUAAGAGGACGCAGAGAAACAUAAGCAUUCAUCUGGAGUUAUGUUUCUCGGCAUCGGACGAUCACAAGUUCAAUAUUCACUCUCCGUUUGUCUCUAGUUUGACCCCAACAACUGUCGUUAUUAUACAGCCCAGGCUUCAUAUAUGUACAGUCUUUUGAAGAAUCGUCCCAUGAAUUCUAGGCCGGAGCAAAGAGGUCCCGACUUGAAAUAAUGAAACAAUGAAACUACCGGCUUUGCUGACCAAAGAGUUGUUUCGUUUCCAUGCAGUCAAUAAACGGGUGGCAUCUGUUUUUCCCAGCGCAUGGUCCCAGGUCUCGGUUAUGUCCGCUGUUUAUCUGUCACAUCUACAGCUCCUUGCAAUAACUAAAAUGAUCCAGGGGAUGUGACAGAGGAAUGACUGUGCUAUGCUUUCCCCUGACCAUAAAUCACAAAAAUAGAUGUUAAGUCUCACACGCGGCCGCGUAGUUGCACACGACACCCACAUUCUGAUUUCUUUUCCUUCCUCAAUUGUUUUCUUUCAGCCGUGUCCUAUUUUCAAGACUGAAUAUUAACCUUUUUUAAACACCCUCCUCUUGUCCACUGGAGUUAAAUAUUUAAUAGGCUUAUUAUAUAUUAAAUCAAAUUAACCUUUUAACCAAACCAGCCAAUGAAAUGGAGCGGGCACUGGGUAAAUCGGUUACAUGUGGCCAAAAUCAUCCUGAAGUAGUUGUGUUGUUUAUGUGUUCAUCAUAUGAGUUUUGGCAAAGGACUUUGACUGCGUUUUGGCCACAUUGUGUAAUAGAAUAAUGAUAAUAAUAAUAAUAAUAAUAAUAAUAAGAGAGAAAUCUGCAAUAAUAUCACCUUUUCAUUAUAAUUGCUGCAGAUUUUGUGCAGGAAACAAAAGGGGGUGUUCAUUGGACCUCGGCGGGUUUGGGGAUGUUUGGAGCUGUGAGCUCAAAGCCUCGGUGAAAAGAAACGCCUGCACUUACCCGACAGGCCGGUGGUGACGUUUCCCCAGUGGGGCAGUGGGAUGAUCUCGAUGGACACAGAUCAUCAUUAGAAACAGUGAUCACGACGUUGAAUAGCAUGUGUUGUGAUGUGAUCAAAGGGCUGCCCGCUGCGUUUAGUAAUGUGAAAUGAAGUGUGAGAUUUUAUCUCAUGUAUUCUCUAAUGAUUACAUUUUUUAUGAGCACUUUUCUUACAGCCAGUGCGCCGAGAGUAUCUCAAAUGAACAGUCCAUCUUCUAUUCAAUCCAAAUAAAUCCGGUUGAAAGCACACCAGACGCCAUAUAGCAGAUCUGCUUGAAACCCACAGAUAAAGCUCCCCAAACCCUAUUUUGUCAGUCAGCUUAUUAUAAUAUAUAUAUAUAUAGCAAGAUAUGUCUGUAUGUGUAUUUUCCUCGCUUUCCCCAACAGUUUAAUGUAGGUGAGGCACGGAAAACCGGUGACGCCAUAUUUCAACCACAGUUUAGCAGCAUUUGAACCAAAGUCUGACGCCAGUUUGAAGGUUCAUUUGCUUUGAUCAUGAAUAUUUAAACCCGAUAACUAAUUUUGCAGCCACCUGGUGGCAGUGACUGAAGUCGGGGAUUUACAAGGAGUUAAUGAACGGCUGGUUUUUGUAGGGGUGGUAAGACAUUUGGGCCGGGAAAGAAGGAUUUUGAAAGAUGAAAGGGCCAACCCUCUUGUUGACCCCUGCCGACCUGGCUAUUUAAAAUGUCUUUCCUGUAUGAUGGGUCUGACCUCUGAACCCUCCCAUGGUGAAGGAGCUCAACCAGCUGAACAGAUUGUUGUACUCUUGACUUUGUUCAAUUAAAUAUGACUUUUAGACAAACUUGUUGUAUUUGAAUAUUUUUGUUAAUUUCUUGAGGAAAUCCAGAUUUCCCACCAUAGUGACAACAGGCUGUAGCCUUUUAGCUGAGAGCUGCCCAAUUUUAUUCUUCAAAUUCAGCUUAUGUAUUUAUGUCUGGUCUGUUUUUACUGUUGUGAAUCUGUUUUUAUCUUGUAAGGUGUCUGAGUAUUC